AUGAAGUUUGGGGGGAAGGGGAUGAUCCAGCUGAUGGUACUGCUAUACAAUUGGGUGUGGAAAAACGAGUAUACGCCAAGUAGAUGGAGGGAAGGAGUGGUUGUGAACUUGUUUAAGAAAGGAGACAAGACUUACCCAGGAAACUACAGGGGGAUCACACUGUUGAACACAGUGGGAAAACUGUUCUUGGCGAAGAAGUUUACUGAUAAGUGGAGAUUGUCUGCCAACGUUAAGCAGAGUGCCCUCAUGAGGACGUAUGGGCGCGACAUCGACGAAGAUGGAACGCUGGAAACGAAGGGUCUACAGGGGUUCAAGGAGAAGAUAUCUGUCUACAGGGGUUCAGGGAGAAGAUAUCUGUUGCUUGUGCCGAGAGAGAAUAAGGAGGGUCUAGAAGUGUACGGAAUGUUGAAGGAAGGAAUAGGGUUCAAGGACUACCUACAUGGACCAAUGGAUGCAGGAACAAAGCUUAAGGUCAAAUUCAGGACCGGGGACAUAGGCCUUCGAGAACGUCGAGGAAGGCAUAGGACGGUAGACGACGAAGGCAACGAGUUCAGAUGUGAUUGCGGCUUCGAAUGCAUAGACCGUGUUCAUGUAGUCGCGGAAUGUCCGUUGUACAAGAAGGAGAGAGAAGUGUACGUGACUGAGCUGGGAAAAAUAGAUAGGACGUACAGGGAGAUGUUUGAGGCAUGGAAUUGA